UCUCUAUCUCCACAAAUUUCCCCAGUUUCUACAGGGUCCAUUAAAAUCUUGCUCCUGAUAUGGGUCCAUUAAAAUUCCAAAAAACCCAUUUAGUUUGUCUAUAAAUUAAGCAAGCAAACACCCUUUUGCCAAAACAAAAGAAAAAAAGAAAACCCAGCUCUUUUCCCUCUUCUCUCCCUUUCUCUCUCAAGAUCAUUACUUACCCAUUACCCAAACUGCCAUUUUUACACCAUUUCCACCAUCACCACCCCUCUGAAUAUUACCCAAAUGAAGGAAUAUUGGACAUCUUUAGCCUCACUUCUCGGUGUAUUAGCCUUCUGUCAAACUCUUCUACAGGUUAUUUUCCCACCAGAACUCCGUUUCGCUUCUCUCAAACUCUUUAACUGGAUCUUUAACUCUUUCUCUGCUUACUGCUACUUCGACAUAACCGAAAUUGACGGCGUUAACACCAACGAGCUUUACAAUGCUGUCCAGCUUUAUCUGAGCUCCUCCGUGUCAAUCUCCGGUAGCCGGUUAAGCCUCACUCGUGCUCUCAACUCUAGCGCCAUUACUUUUGGCUUAACUAACAAUGACUCCAUCUUUGACACUUUUAAUGGCGCGACCGUCCAUUGGGAGCAUGUGGUCACUCAGAGACAGUCUCAGACGUUUUCUUGGCGGCCAUUACCGGAGGAAAAGAGAGGUUUCACUCUUCGAAUCAAGAAAAAGGACAAGUCUUUGGUUCUUGAUUCUUAUCUUGAUUACAUUAUGGAUAGAGCUAAUGAUAUUCGAAGGAGAAAUCAAGAUAGGCUUUUGUAUACGAAUUCCAGAGGUGGGUCUUUGGAUUCAAGAGGGCAUCCAUGGGAAUCAGUCCCUUUUAAGCAUCCAAGUACUUUUGAUACUUUGGCCAUGGACCCAGUCAAGAAGCAAGAAAUUUUGCAAGAUUUGAAAGAUUUUGCAAAUGGGCAGUCUUUUUAUCAGAAGACUGGAAGGGCCUGGAAAAGAGGUUACUUGCUUUAUGGUCCUCCUGGUACUGGCAAGUCUAGUAUGAUUGCUGCUAUGGCAAAUUAUCUUGGUUAUGAUAUUUAUGAUCUUGAAUUAACUGAGGUACACACUAAUUCAGAACUUAGGAAACUUUUAAUGAAGACAACUUCAAAGUCUAUUAUUGUUAUUGAGGAUAUUGAUUGUUCUAUUAAUUUGAGCAAUAGAAAGAAGAGUAAUACUAAUUCAAUGGCCAGGAGUUACUAUGAUCAAGAAAUGAGAUCUGGGUCUGGUGGUGCUAGUGGUGAAGAUGGUGGAAAUUCAAUAACUCUAUCCGGGUUAUUGAAUUUUACUGAUGGGUUGUGGUCAUGUUGUGGAAGUGAAAGGAUUUUUGUGUUCACAACUAAUCACAUUGAGAAGCUUGAUCCUGCAUUGUUAAGGAGUGGCAGAAUGGACAUGCAUAUUUUCAUGAGUUACUGUUCAUUCCCAGCAUUGAAGAUUUUGUUAAAGAACUACUUGGGAUAUGAUCAUGAAAAAGAAGGUGACUUGGAAGAUGGAAUUUUGGAAGAACUAGAGCAGGUUAUCAAUGAGGCAGAGAUGACACCAGCUGAUGUUAGUGAGGUCUUGAUCAAGCAUAGGAGAAACAAGAACAGGGCUUUAAGGGAGUUACUUGGAGCACUGAAAGAAAGGGCAGAGAGGAAUUUGAAGAAUGGAGGUUUAAGAGAAAAGAACUUGAAUGAUAUUGUUGAAGAGGAAGAGCAAGAGAAAAGAGCCCUAGAGAGUCCUAAAGAAGGUUGUGAAUGUGAAGAGGAGAAUUGCAAGAAAGGAGAAGAUCAUGAUGAUGAGAAGAUUAAAUGAUAUAGAAAAUGAAGGCUUAGCUUUUUUCUUUUUCAAUUUUUUUUUUCUUAUUAAAUCUUUUGUGAUGGAGAAAGAUAAAGAUUGAAAAGAAAAUAGUUAGAAUGGUUAUUGGGAGUAUUAAAAUCUUGAAAAUUUUGUUGGUGGGCUAGUAGCUGGUGGUGGGGGAUGGAAAUGGAAUUGGAAUUGGAAUUGGAAUUGGAAGCUUGGAGGGAAGUGAAAACUGUAAUGGAUAAUAUUAGGUCUCCAAUUUUUCUUAAUGUCUGAUAUUAUAUAAUAUGAUAUUUUUAACUAA